GGGAAGAUGCAGAGCAACUGUGCUGCUCCAUUCUUACUCUUCUGGAAACGACUGUUCUUCUUCCUGCCUUCUGCUCAAAGCCUUUUUCUCGCCAGUCUAAAUGGACUAGAAAGUAAGGAGGAAGAUUUUUCCUCUAUCCAGAGCCUUGCGAAGGUCUUCAGGAUCUCUGUCAGAUGCUUCCCCUCACCUUAUUCAGGUUGACCAGCCUGGAUCACGGUGCUAGGGACCUGAAAGAAGACAAGACACUUGGCUGACGAAUGUUUAGUACGACCUGAUUUCCUGAGGAGAGCAAAUAUUUCUCUGACAGCCUGUCCCCUUGAAGCAGCACGCAGGACAAGCUUGACUAGAAAGAGAUACAUGGGACACACAUACAAUUAGACACUAGAAAAGACACUUUGCUUCAAGUUCCAAGAUUUGUGAAGGAAGAAUUUAACCAAGGAGCCUGAAGACCAUGGAGGGAGACUGUCUGAGCUGCAUGAAGUACCUGAUGUUUCUUUUCAAUUUCUUUAUAUUUCUGGGAGGAGCAUGCCUGCUGGGAGUUGGGAUCUGGGUCAUUGUGGACCCCACAGGUUUUCGAGAGAUAGUGGCUGCCAACCCCCUGCUCUUCACAGGAGCCUACAUCAUGCUGGCUAUGGGAGCCAUGCUCUUUCUGCUGGGUUUCCUUGGCUGCUGUGGUGCCAUCCGUGAGAACAAAUGCCUCCUGCUUUUUUUCUUCAUGUUUAUUUUGUUAAUCUUCCUGGCGGAGCUUUCAGCUGCUAUCCUGGCUUUUAUCUUCAGAGAAAAUCUGACCAGAGAGUUUUUCACCAAAGAGCUGAAGAAGCAUUACCUGAGGAACAACGACACAGACGUCUUCUCUUCGACCUGGAACUCUGUUAUGAUCACGUUUGCCUGCUGUGGAGUUAACGGACCAGAAGAUUUUGAAGCUGUCUCGCAUCUUCCACACUCCUCUUUAGAAAAGGCAACACCAGAGGCUUGUUGCCAGCGAGAGCUGCAAAGCCGGGAAGGGAUGGUUGUCAACAAGGAAGCCUGUCUCAUGGGUGUGGAGAGGUUUCAGAACCGACAGGGCUGCUACACUGUGAUCCUGAACUCCUUUGAGACCUACGUGUACCUUGCAGGAGCCCUUGCCAUCGGAGUGUUGGCCAUUGAGCUGUUUGCCAUGAUCUUUGCCAUGUGUCUCUUUCGAGGGAUCCAGUAAGAGGUGGCCCAUGAACACCACUUUCCCCACAAACUCAGAAGAAAGAAGAAAAAUCAGAAGAAACAAAACCUGAAAACACCUAAAAAACUUUAUUUUUUUUAACAAAAUGGGGUAGGGGGGGGGGAAAAAAGAAAAAGAAAAAAAAGAAAAAAAAAGAGGGUUGUAAUAUAUGAAUGACCAAAAGGAUUGUACUUCAGGGGCUGGAUCUUUGAGGUGAUGUGCACUACACUGUACACCAGACCCUUGCCCAGAGCCACCCGUGGAGCCGGAGCCCAGCGCAGCCGAUUGCACGAGAGGGGGGGCGAGUAGGAGGACAAGCACAGCUGCUUCUGCUGCAAGGCCAUGCCUGCUGUUCACAACUACAUCAUGUUUUAGACUGAAGGACUGAGGAACAGCCACACAUAAGGCAACAGGUUGGCCAAAGUCUGUGACUGUCCACGUGGGACUGAAACAAGCAGUGGUGGCUCAUCUCAGAAGUAGGGAGUUUUUUGUGGGAUUCUGGCUUUAAUGCCCAGCCACAGAAUGGAAACACACAUUUCCAGUCGAAGCUUUGCCCAUCACCUGAAACUUGUCAGAGAUGUCAGGCACUUCAAUGAGGCUGGCUUUCUCUGGAGCUCCAAGCAGGGGCAGUGUGUUCUUGUUUAGCAACGGGAAUCAGCUAAGGAUGGCUGAUGGUCAAGAGUUGGGUGCCUACCUUUCUGUUUAUACUAAGAUUUACUGUUCCUUGUUGUGAAAGAGAGCAAAUGGUUGCCUGCUGUGUUCCCAUCUUCUGGGGAAAAAAAAUGGCUCUGGUCAAGAAUCACUGAUACUGCUGCCUUCCUGAGAAGGGGAGGAAAUAGUGUUUAAAUCUUUUCAGCCUUUGCCUUUCCCUUCAUACUUACAAAAAAAAAAAAAGUUUGUGGUGCUCUGUUAGCAUAAAUAUUUGCAGUGGAUUCCUACAUGCUUCUUAGCCCUUAGGCAUGGUUCCAGGCAUGGUUCUGGGUGGAAGAGGCUGAGGUUUGCCAGCCACUCCCAUACUGUUUGCCUGCAACAGUCUUGUGGCAUCAUUUCCACUGAGAGGAUUUCCUCCAAGGUCCUCCCAUGGCGUAAUGAUGACCCUGUCAAGUCAGAAAUUGUUUUAGCAGUUGAGAGUGUUUCCUCCCUUGAGAUAGUUCAACAUUUAUCUAAGGUAUAAUCUACUUAAUCAUUUAGAAGUAAACUUGGAGAAAGAUGCCUUGGUUUGAGAUUAAGAUGGAACUGCUGAGGCCCCAGGCAGGCUUUAGGAGCAGCCAGUGUGUAGUCACACUGCUCCAGAUGCUGCUCCAGUGGUCGUGGUUAUCAACCCAGACAGGUCACUGGUUUCUGACUCCUGGAAGCCUCAACCCCUGUUGCCUUAAUUGUUCAUCUGGUUACUCCCUAACCCCAAACGCAUUGUGGUUGAAGGAAGACAGAGGGGGCUGUGGUUUCUUGCUUAGCUUAGGUCUUUUUACAGAUUUUAUAGGCUGAGUUUAUGGAGCACUUUUAUGUAAGUUUCAACCAGUCCCCCUGCAAACUAUAAGCACUGACAAGGAAGGUGAGGGGGCAGAAGGUUAACAGUGAGGAGCCAGGCAGUAACCUUGUGCCCAGGUUUGGCAGCAACAGCACUUUGCCUGGCUGUUCCCUUACAGCACUGGAGCUAUGUCCCUUCAGCUCUUCUCACAGGCUACAGGGAAGGAAGGAAAGUAGCAGCAAGACUGGUCCAUAAUAGACAACAAUCCUGUCUACAUGUCCAGGUUGGGGAAUCAGUAUAUUAAGGAACAGGAAGGAGGCAUUGGAGCUUUUUCAAGCUUCAUUUAAGAACAACUAUUCAUCAGCAGGAGAGAACCCAGGCAGGUAGAACUGCAGCUCCCCAUGCCACAGUCAGCAUGUUCCAGCAAUGGAAUAGGAAGCUAGGGCUGCUGAACAGCCUCAGACAUUGCAUUAAACCUUGUGGAAAGUUCUUCUGAACUAUUUCCUUCUAGAUCUGCUUUUAAUGAGGCAUUUUAUCAUUAAAUUCUGGUCUGUUGUUUAAUGAAGGAAAACAGUUUUGCCAGCCAAAAAGCAGCAGUAUUUGUACCUGACAGCAGGUGCUGCACUUAAGGUAGGGAAAAUCUGUUGAAUCCACCAGUCUUGCAGGGAAUGGGCCAAGCAGGUGGUGAGCUUAUCUGUUCUGCUUCUGCCUCUGGAGCUGGUGUUAGGGACAGUGCUGGGAGAGCAGUUCCCAGGGGAGGAACAAAACCAUGAGCAGAGACGAUGAUUUGGCUGGAGGUGAGUGAGAGAAGCAGAACUGUCUCCCCCAGCCUCCAUUUUUUUCCUUUUCCUUCAGUUUAAUAGGCAAAGGUCUGGCUGGCAAAUACCCUGAUUUGUGCAUGGUGAGUGGCUGAAGGGGGAAACAAACAAACAAACAAAUAAAUAAAGUCUUCUUCUGCCACCAGUGGCAUGAAGGAAAACUUAACAGUUUGGGGGAAACAGACCAACAAAGCCAGAAUGCUAAAUGAUACAUAUACAUGGCUGAAGUAGGAUCUCUGUUGGUUUAUUUCUCUUUGUCUUUCCCAAUUCUGUACUCAGAAUCCGAGUUGUUCAGGUUGGAAAAGACCUUUAAGAUCCAUUCCUUUGUCUGUUUUUAGCUUUUUCACUUUCCCGCUCUCCCUGUAUCUACAAAAAGAUCUCUUACUUGUCUUACUCUGGCCUUUGCACAACUCUUUUCUUUCUUACCUUGUCUGAUUCCCCUAUUGCUCUUUUCUGGGUGAAGACCAAAUCCUCCUGCAGCUGGCAAGUGUGCCACUGGGAACACAGCCUGAAACCCCAGCAACAGCCAGGAAGCACAUUUUAAACAAGAACUGGAGAUAGCUAUGAAGAUAAGUUUGAGUGUGAGAGGACCUCUGGAAGUUAGUAACAGAAGGAAUUUCCCCUGAGGAAUUUAAUGAACUAGCAAGCCCAGAAAGCAGAUUCCUGCUCUAUGGCAAAGCAUGUAAAUUUAUUUGGUUUGUCCCUUGAUUAUAUGGCUGCACCUUCUGUUGUACAGUAGUUUACAGAACAGUAGGCAGGAGAAGCAACUGUAUUUUUGUAUUUGUUUUUAACAGCUCUGGUGAAUAUUUUGGGGCCAGGGGCUCAAGCUAGAGUCAGUGCUUGCUGGAGAGCUCUGGACAGGCUGGGGACCAGAUGGAGCUGCAGUGCUGCUGCCUCCUUCACUGUAGCACUGUGACCACAGCCCGAGCACCUUGGAUGGAAGGAGCAGAGGACAGUCUGUGCCUGUGAGCCCAUAGCCUCUCUCAGUGCCCCUGCCUCCUGGCUGUUAUUUAAUGCUCAAAUGACUGUCACAAACGCCUGGGAAAAGGGCUGCGUGUGAAAUAAUGUUUGAAAUCUAUUUUAAAAAAAACCUGUAAAUGUUCUUUUUAUUAGAUAGUGGAGAUAAUUUAUCCUGUAUUCCCUACUAUAAUGCUUUUUUAUAAUUAAAUGAAUUUUGGUGGGGUUUUUUUGGUAAUAUAAACCAGAACACAAGCCUGAAGCACUCUCUGCACGGUUUUUGUGUGCGUUUCUUAAAAAAAUAAAAAAGAAAAUAAAGAUAUUGUGACAGUGAA